AUGAGGAAGAUGCCGUCUAAACUUCGCUACGUUGUCCUCAUCUCAUGUUCUCUCGUUACCUUCAUCGUCAUUGGCUUCGCCAUCGGUCUCGGCGUAAUUUUCGUCGAGCUAGUGAACCUGUUGGGAAUAAGUCGGGGGCAAAUGGCCUCCAUGCAGUCGUUGUGCUUGGGACUAAUCUUCGCUGGAUCAUUGAUUUCCUCCCCAUUAAUUCGAAGAUUCGGAACCACAUUGUGUUGUGUCAUUGGAGGGUUCAUGGCCACUGUUAGCGUGUUGGCCGCUUCUUUUUUGAACAGUAUACCCGGGCUGAUCACCCUGGUUGGAGCCGCCUCGGGAUUCAGCCUUUCCUUUUGCCACCUCGCUUCGUAUGCGACAAUCCGCGAGGUGUUCUGGGACAGGCCUGGCUUCGGCGAAGCGGUGAUCAUGGCAGGGGGGGGGCUUGGGGCUUUCUGCAUACCAAUGUUCAACACAUUUCUCCUGGAAGAGUUCGGCUGGAGGGGAACCUUUCUUUUACUCAGCGGUCUACUGUUUAACAUCUGCCUGUUAGAAAUGAUCACCCACACAUUCAAACGAAUCUGCCUUCAGUCCGAUCGCUGUGACAAGGAUGUCGAUGUUCAUUCUGAGAAUGGCAGAAAGGAAGAACAAACGCAAUGUAUGGAUGACCACUUUGAAAAUCACAGUAAAAACCAAAUUCACGGUGUGGAUGACCAGUUUGAACAUCACAGUAAAGAUCAAAUACAAUGUAUUGAUGACCAGUUUGAACAUCACUGUAAAGAUCAAAUACAACGUAUGGAUGACCAGUUUAAACAUCGCAGUAAAACAGACAUGCAAGGUAUGGAUGACCAGUUUCGGCAUCACAGUCAAGAAGACAAUAACAAGAAAAACGAGCUUAAAGUCCAAACACUACCUCUUGUUGAAAUUAAUAACACGGAAGAAAGCACCCUUGAUUACGGAUCAAGGCAAGGGCAUAAUAUUUUCCAAGAUGAUGGAAUGCGAAAGCUAAACGAGUGCACUGAUGUUCAGAUUCAAAAGCACUGUCACCGCUACGGCAAGCAAACUGAACUUGAUGGCAAACAAAAUAUUGAACUUGAUAGCAAGCAAAUUAAACUUGAUGGCAAGCAAAUUAAACUUGAUGGCAAGCGCACUGAACUUGAUGACAAGAAAACUGAACUUCAUGGCAAGCAAAUUAAACUUGAUUGCAAGCAAAUUGAACUUGAUGAUGAAGCAAGAAAAGAAAGCGAUGACGUCCAAAUUAACAGUGACAGAAAUUCGUCUCAAGAACCCGACAACGAACCUUACAGAAAUGACGGAAUUCGCUGCAAUGGUGAAUCAAACGAACAGGGCGAGGAUGUUCAUGUUGACGGGCAACUAGUAUCACAACAAAGCAAGGAUGUUCGGAAUCAGAAGGACUUGAACACCGGCCAACGUCAUCAUGGCCAGAGCAAGAUGGCGUCUCUGUAUUCCUAUUUGGGCUUGCGAGUCUUUAAGAAGAUAUCGUUCCUCGUUUUCGCGCUAGAAGAGGUACCAACGUGGGUGUGUCUCACAGCCGAAGUGUUCCUGCUUGUGGACAUCGUAGGAGAGAAAGGAUACGACCUGGUGGCUGGAUCCUACUUUCUGUCGGCUUACUCGAUCGCGUCUGUCUUUGGAAAUUUGUUCGGCGGAUUCUUGACGUCCGUCUUUCGCAUACGGGGACUCGUAUUGGCUGGCGUCGGCACCUGCUGCGCUGGCGGUGCAGCGCUCGGUAUUUCGUUCGUGGGUAGUUUCCUCCCACUGAUGGCGCUGAUGGUUUUGGCGGGAUUUCUGCUGGGACUGCUUGCGCUGUGCAAUCCUGUCAUCGUGCUAGAGCUGGUCGGUUUAGAAUAUUAUGCCACGUCUCUCGGUCUCAUCUUUGGAAUUACUGGAUGUUCUAACUUCAUCAGUGGGCCAGUAGGAGGCACUAUUCGUGACGUCAGCGGAAGCUACAAUCUGAUGCUCUGUGGGAUAGCUGGCGUGUUUGUUUUUAACGGAUUCGUCAAGUUUUUCCUGGCAUGGCUAAGCUCAGAGCAAUCUUACAAAGAAGAAGAGCGACAUGUGGCUAAAGAAACAGUCAUCACUCGCUUAUUCGGUCGACAAGCUUAUAUUUCUGAAUAAGAGAAUCCGCGAUAAAAAUGUCCAACAAGAAAAAGCUGUUCAAGAGUCUGCCGCCACCACCCUUGUGAAACAGGAGCCAGAGUCAAAUGAAACUGUUGAUGUCGCCGAGACUCGGCCUGCUCUACCCCAGUUUGAUUGACUUAACUGAAACGUUUCGCGUUGAAAACAUUGUGUAAUGAAAACAGUUUUUGAUAUUUAAUAUUGCUGAAACUAUUAAUGUCCAAGUUUGCGGCUUCUUGUUUCAUAAUUUUUUCAUAGAAACCCUUCUUCUUCUUUUUUUAACUUGAAAACAUUGAGUAAAUUGAAAAAAUCAUUUUAUGUUGUGCUGACUUGUGCUUUUGAUAUUUAAUAUGGCUGAAACUAGUUCUUAGCAAGGAAAAAUAUAAUAUUAACGUCGCAGAUUCGCAACCUACUCUUGCACUGUUACAUUAUUUUAGUUGACACUUUUUUAUUUGAAAAAUUGAGAACAUUGCAUAAUGGAAGAAUUCUGUUGUUGUGUUAUGCAUAUUUUGAUAUUAUGGCUGAAAAUAGUUAUAUUCUGUUCAUUGCUUCAUACUAAUUCCAAUAAAUUAUGGAAAAUGGG